CGGCGGUGGAGAUGGCGCGCUCCCGGGCGUCGGCCAGAGGUGGCGGUGUGUGUAGCUGGGUGGCGGCCGUGCUGGCACUCUGGUCCAUGGUGUCGGUGGUGGUGAUCAUGGUGUGGGCCACAUGGGCCCCCCGGGCGGGGGCGGGGCGGUGCGAGGCUCAGUGGCGCGCCCUGCUGGAGAACAUGGAGGGGGCGAGAGUGAUGUGGGAGAGAGAGAGACAGACGGCUGAGAGAGAGAGACAGCUCAGCACCGACACACAGACACGACUGCAGCGAGAGAUACACACCCUCACACACACCAUCACACACACCAACCUGACACUCUCACGCCACCUGCGCACACAGGUUGUGAUGAGGGAGAAUCUCUCAGCUCUACAUGACGAGGUGCAGCAGUCCAAGCAUGUGGUGGAUAAACUCACCACUGAACACACACACCGCACAGCACUGAUCGAGGAGCUGCAGGUGAACUUAUCACAUGACCAGCAUCAGCUCGACUCGUGCUCAUCUCUCUGUGACGCUGCGAGGAGUCGCUACGCCGCCGCGUGGAGUCAGAGACAAGCCUGCGAAAUACACACCAAAUACCUGCACACACAACUUGAGAAGUGUGAGCUCGGAGUGUGAUGCUCAGCUGAUUUCUACCCAGCAGAAGAAACCCAUCAAGACCGCCUGUUUCACUCACUUUCCCUGCGCACUAUCUAGUGUUCAUUACCAGCUGUUUUCUCUGCUUAAAUACACACAUACUUCACACUUCUGGAUUGUUGAGUUGUGAAACACACUGAAUUAUUUUCAUACACACACUCUUAGCUUUUAUGAUUUUAAAACACUGCUGCAGAAGAUGUUAAAGUUUUUUUUUAAA